GAACAAACUCAACUUUCAGCAGAAAAGCUUAGAAAAGAGCUUUGCCGGAGAGCCGCUUGGCUCACAGGCUCCUGGCGCAGCACUGCUCCUAUUUUGGAAACUUCCAGAGUUUCUCGUCUGUGCGUACUGGCUGCAGCCAUUCUCUGGAGCAGCAGAAGCCCCAGGAGCCCGUGCCACAGCAAGUAGAUGUUUGAGCGGGACAGCCAGGGAGGAAACGUGUGGGAGGUUCAUCAGCACAUCCAUUAGCACAGCUGGAGCUGCGGCUUGCAGAGCGUUGGGUGCGUCUCCAUCCCCCUGUUUCAGCAGAGAUUCAUCUGCUGUCCCGUUUGCUUCCCAGCCUGUGUGACCAGAGGGUGCCGAGAACACACUCAAGAUGUGGGAACCUCUAUACAAGCAGAGGAUGUGCCACGGGGUAGCAUGACCACUCACCACCCCGCGGGCCAUGCCCUUCCCCAACAGCUCUGACCUCAGCCCGUCCUCCUUCAUCCUGGCCAGCAUCCCGGGGCAGGAGGUUGCCCAUUUCUGGAUGGCGAUCCUGCUGUGCUCCAUGUACAUCCUGGCGGUCACAGGCAACUGCGCGGUGCUGUUCAUUGUGAAGACGGAGCCCAGCCUGCACACUCCCAUGUACUUCUUUCUCUGCAUGCUGGCGGCCAUCGACCUGGCCUUGUCCACGUCCACGGUGCCACGGGUUCUCUCCUUCUACUGGUUCAACACCAGGGAGAUCAGCUUUGCCGCCUGCCUCAUCCAGAUGUUCCUCAUCCACACCCUCUCGGCCAUUGAGUCCACAGUCCUGCUGGCCAUGGCUGUGGACCGCUACAUGGCCAUCUGCCACCCAUUGAGAUACACUGCCACCCUCACCAACGCCACGACAGCAAAAAUAGGGCUGGUAGCCAUGGCCAGGGGAGUCGUUUUCUUCCUGCCUUUGCCUUUGCUCCUCCUGCCCCUUCCCUUCUGCGGCUCCCGGGCGCUGUCACACUCCUUCUGCCUGCACCAGGACGUGAUGAACCUGGCCUGUGCCAACACCACCCCCAGCGUGGUGUACGGCCUCACCGCCAUCCUGCUGGUCAUGGGGGUGGACGCCAUCCUCAUCUGCCUCUCCUACAUCCUGAUCCUCAAGUCCGUCUUGCGUCUGGCGUCGUGGAAGGAGAGGCUCAAGGUGUUCAGCACCUGUGUUGCCCACAUCUGCGUGGUCCUGGCCUUCUACGUGCCCCUGAUUGGGCUGUCCGUGGUGCACAGGUUUGGGAAGGACUUGGCUCCUCUGGUCCAUAUCAUCAUGGGCAAUGUCUACAUCCUGGUGCCUGCUGUGCUCAACCCCAUCAUCUACGGGGUGAGGACCAAACAGAUACAGAGGCGGAUCCUGAGUUUAAUUCACAUACACAGUGACAGAACUGCCCAGUGACCUGUGCUUGUCCACUGUGUCCUGUAUUGUCACACCAACUCAUCUUGUUUUACACUCGGAGUCUUUGGGCAGGACUGUCCUCUGUAUGGCACAAGGCAGAUGGUAGGAGACCCUGAGGAUGCUACCACAAGGGAAGAAGUAAAUGACAGUUGUGAACUCCUUCCGAGAGUGUUUACCUUCAGCAAACUUGGAGUGAAUCUACUAUAAUGAUGCAAAUCCAACCCUGACACAACAGACAGCAUAAUGGAAGGAAAAGUGGCUCAGCAAAUAGUCUUGACAUUGCACCUCUUUGUUUCCAUCUCAUUCAUAACAAUGGCAGAGAUUAGUGAACACUGCAGUGGUUUUUUUUAAUUAUUUAGUUAAUUCGUAGUUUCCGCUUGUGCCAGAUUCACUUUCCAAAUACAUUUUAGCAAAUUUUUUGUCAGAAACUUUGGCUGUAACAACAAUCUCUAAGUAAAGUAAUUACAGCAAGUGACAUUGUAGAUGCAGAAAUGCACUUCAGAAUAAGACAACCUCUGUGGGCUUGUUCUGACCUAUUGGGUGUUCAGUCGAGACAGCUCAGCCUCCUUGUAGCAAACGCUCUGGAAAAUCUUCAGACUUUUUUUGGCAAAAAUUGUGAAAAUAAUUUUAGAUAAUAAUUAUGUUCAAUAAAAUGACAGCCUCUCAAGAGAGAAAAUAAACAAUUAUAAACGUUAUACUUCCAAGCUGAAGGAAGUGGUAUUUCCAUGUCGAAGGGGUUUCGCACCUUUGACUUCACACAUGCUUGGAGCUCAAGAUCUUCAGUUUUCAAGCUUUUUUUUUAAUGCUUCCUAGGUAUUUCCCGUAAAACAGAGUACCUGGCAGCCUUUUCUGCCUUGAUUCUCACUACUCUUCUACCAGUGGGACACUACUACAAAACUCUUAUUAUGAUGGAAAACAACAAGCUGUUAGGCCAAUGAAGAAGGUCUGAAAGCAAAGUGCACUUGCACCAUCACAGAAUGGAUGAGGUUGGAGGCAUCUCUGAAGGUCAUCUUGUCCAACCAUCCAGCUCGAGCAGGGCCAGCUAGAGCCAGUUGCCUAGGACGGUGUCUAGACAGCUUUUCAAUAUCUCAAAGGAUGGAGGCAUCACUUCAUAUUUUGGAAAAAGGUUAAAGAUGCUGGAAAAGGAUGUUGUACAAUAGGGUUUUAUAAUGAAACAUACAGAUCUGAAGAGUGUUCACAUCUAGUUUUUCCCUUAAUCCAUUAAAAAACUUUAUAUUCUUUGCCUUUUUUAAAAAUAAAUCUGUUUCUUUAUAAGUAGAAAGAAA